AUGGGGAGUUUCAAAGGUCAUGCCCUCCCUGGAAGUUUUUUCUAUUUCAUGGGUCUGUGGUGGAGUACAAAAUAUACUCUGAAAUAUGCCUGCAAAAAGUACAAGAAAACUUACUAUCUUGGUUCUAAAACGUUAUUCCAUCGAAUAGAAAUUUUAGAGGGAGCCAUCUUAAUUGGCAUGGCUUUAACUGGUAUGACUGGAGAACAGUUUAUUCCUGGAGGACCUUACCUGACCUUAUAUGAUUAUAAAGAAGGCCAGUGGAACAAGCUCCUGGGCUGGCAUCAUUGCACUAUGUAUUUCUUCUUUGGGCUGGUUGGUGUGACAAACAUCUUAUGUUACACUAGCCGUUCACUUCCUGCCUCCUUAGCCAAGUUAAUGUUGUCAAACGCCUUUUUUGUGGAGGCUUUUAUCUUCUACAACCAUACUCAUGGCCGAGAUAUGCUGGACAUCUUUGUGCACCAGCUGCUGGUCUUGGUCAUCAUUGUGACAGGACUAUUUGUCUUCAUCGAUUUCAUGAGGACCAACAUAAUUUUGGAGCUUUUGUAUUCAAGCUUCAUCUUGCUUCAGGGAAGCUGGUUCUGGCAGGUUGCUUUUGUACUGUAUCCCCCCAGUGGAGGUCCGGCAUGGGAGCCAAUGGAUCAUGACAACAUUCUGUUUCUCACCAUAUGCUUUUGCUGGCAUUAUGCAUUCGGCCUUAUUGUCAUUGGAUUGAAUUAUGCCUUUAUCAACUGGUUGGUUAAAUCUAAACUUAAGAGGUUCUGCCCCUCAGAAGUUGGACUCCUGAAAAAUACAGAACGAGAACAGGAAUCAGAAGAAGAGAUGUGA